AUGGUAAAAUUGAAGGUUUUUGAUCCAUACAAGUGUGGCCAGAUGGCUGUAACAACCAUUAGACAGGAAGUAUUGAAAAAGACUGGAAGUAUUGAACAAGACACUGGAAGUAUUGAACAAGACACUGGAAGUAUUGAACAAGACACUGGAAGUAUUGAACAAGACACUGGAAGUAUUGAACAAGACACUGGAAGUAUUGAACAAGACACUGGAAGUAUUGAACAAGAAACAGAAAGUAUUGAACAAGACACUGGAAGUAUUGAACAAGACACAGGAAGAAGUAUUGAACAAGAAACAGGAAGUAUUGAACAAGACACUAGAAGUAUUGAACAAGAAACAGAAAGUAUUGAACAAGACACUGGAAGUAUUGAACAAGACACAGGAAGUAUUGAACAAGACACAGGAAGUAUUGAACAAGAAACAGGAAGUAUUGAACAAGACACUGGAAGUAUUGAACAAGACACUGGAAGUAUUGAACAAGAAACAGGAAGUAUUGAACAAGACACUGGAAGUAUUGAACAAGACACUGGAAGUAUUGAACAAGAAACAGGAAGUAUUGAACAAGACACUGGAAGUAUUGAACAAGAAACAGAAAGUAUUGAACAAGACUAA